AUGUCCGCAACGACGCCCAGGAUACAAGCUCUCGCCAUCGUCUCACCCAAGAGCGGACCCAUCUACGUGCGCCAAUUCGGCAAAACACCUGCAGAGUCGACGGCGGCGGACCUGCGAUUUCACUACUUCGCACAUGCGUCUCUAGACGUCAUGGAUGAGCGCAGCGGGACCGCUUCCUCCUCUCGCACCAGCCCCGAACAGUAUCUUGGCCUGCUCUAUACCCUCGAGGAUCUGGCCGUCUACGGCUUUCAAACCUGCACACGAUUGCGCUUUCUCAUCAUGCUCACCCUGACCGACCACGUGGUGAGAGAUCUCGAUGUUCUCACCUUGUUCAAAGCGAUAUACACUUCGUAUCUCAAAUACUCGGCGAAUCCGUUCCAUGCCCUACCACCGACAUCGUUUGCGCCGGCAGACAGGCUCGAGGAGGAAGAUGCGCAUGCGAAAGCGGCGAGAGCGCAGGACGAGCUACGGCAAAGGCAGCGGCUUGACGUUGCUAUUAACUGCCGACAGAUCAAGAGCGCAGCAUUCGACACUCGUAUCGAUCGCAUCGUCUUUGGCUCUGCCGCGAAAGCGCCGGCGCCGGCAAGCAAGGAAGAUGCCAACCCAGCAUCGCUUGUAGCCGGUCGAUGA